UCACGACUCAACAAUGCUAGAUCCAGCUACUGAAUUGGUGCCACCACCAUCUUCACCAACUAACUCUUCCAUUUCAUCCUCUGAUCUUGACUCUCAGUCUACGGGAUCGUUCUUCCAUGACAGAAGCACCACAUUGGGUACUCUGAUGGGGGUGAGCUUCCCAGCUAUUGCCUUCAGAGCACCGUCUCAGCACCGGGACCCACAUUCUCCCGCUGCCGCCACCUCCGCCUUGGGCGGCUCUAGGAAGGCGGCGGCCAAGUCCAGGAAGAAAACAAAAGUGAACGCGGUGGCCAUCGUCGUGGCGGAUCGGCGGAGGAGGUGGUGGCGGUUGUGCAGUGACGGCGACAUGAAGCCGGCUUCGCUAGGUGAGUUCCUCGAAGUGGAACGGCGGUUCGGAGACGGCGCGUUUUACGGCACGGCGGCGGAGCUCGAAGGAAUGGUGAUGGAUCCGCAGAGGAACCAUGGGCGGGCGUUGUUUGCCGACGGGAGGAUUCUUCCGCCUGCCGUCGUCGUCGACGACGGAGCAUCGACUGCGGUGAGUCUUUGUAGUAGAUUUCCGGUUUCUCUCACCGGGAUUUGCAGCGGCGGUGCUGGAUAA